AUGGCUGACACCGGUCUUCCUGCUGGCUGGGAGGUCCGACACUCCAACUCCAAGAACCUCCCCUACUACUUCAACUCGGCCGAGAAGCUGUCGCGAUGGGAACCCCCCUCCGGCACCGACACCGAGAAGCUCAAGCACUACAUGGCCACGAACCAUAGCGCUGGUUCGCGUCCUGGUGCAGUUCCCGGUGUCCCCGAGGGCAAAAUUCGCGCUGCCCAUCUUCUCGUCAAGCAUCGCGACAGCCGACGGCCCAGCAGCUGGAGAGAGGCCGAGAUUACUCGCUCCAAGGAGGAGGCUUUCGAGAUCAUCAAGGAGCACGAGCAAAAGAUCAAGUCUGGAAGUGUCAGCCUUGGCGAGCUUGCUCUCACCGAGUCCGACUGCUCCUCAGCUCGCAAGCGUGGGGAUUUGGGAUACUUUGGCAGGGGAGAUAUGCAGAAGGAGUUUGAAGAUGCUUCUUUUGGUCUUUCUCCAGGCAACAUGAGCGAGAUUGUCGAGACAGCCAGUGGUCUGCACUUGAUUGAGCGUUUGGAAUAA